AUGACAACAAGAAGCACUUAUUAGGCAGCAUUUAGCUAAGGUGGAUAGAAUUAACAUAAUUUGCAUACUCAACCUGACUACUGUUAAGAUUAGUAUGGUUAAUGUUUAUUAUAGCCUUCUCUAUAUGGAACAAAUAAAUCCGGAAGACCAUCAUCAACAGGAGGUCCUAGAAAUAUUUACACUAACCCUAAGUUAUAAAGAAUGGUAGAGCCUUCUUUGUUUUAGGUUCCUUCGUCUAUUUUGUAGGGUGAUCCAUAUAAAGACCCAUACAGAACAAAAUAAAUUACAGAUUAGUAAAGAGUGGCUAGUAUUCCCCACGUAUAGCCUUUUAAGCCAACAGAUGUGAAAAAGACAAUGGUAGGAGGUUUGUAUGAACAUAUGAAAGAUUUUGAUGACAAAACAUACAGAACUCGUGAUGAAUAUGGUACAAUCAUCACAGGACCAAAGAAUUUUUUAACAAACCCUAACAAAAGAGGACUUGGUAAUACUACAGUUGGUCACUUAUUCAAUCCUGUUACUUACAGCAAUGAUCCUUUCCAUAGAGCUAAAGAAAUGGAUGUGCAAGAGAGAUUAGAGCACAAGAGUAGAGUUUUAGAUUUGAAGAAGCCUUUUUGCAGCACUUAACACGGCAGAGGUAUUUUUAACUCUAAUAGAAUAACAUAUGGACUUGAUAGAAAUGUAUUAGAGGGAAGAAAGAGGAGCUAUAACUAUCCUCCUGCUUACCAUCCUAAGUGCUUUAAGAAUGCAGAUAAGCCAAAACAAGGAUACAACAAAACAUUCUCCUAAUUCCCCGAGUAUAUUGCUGAAGGAGACUUACCAGAACCCUCAUAAAAGAAGACUAAACCAUCCAUUACAUAAGGAAAUUGGAGACCAAACUCUACUGGAACCUUUUCUAGACCAACCCCAAAUAUAACAUCUCUUUUGCUUAACAAAAAUAAAAUGAGCGCUUUCAGAGUUUGA